CAGCGCGAUGCUGUGCUUUCUGAAGGGAAUGGCCUUCGUCCCCUUCCUCUUGGUGACCUGGUCGUCCGCCGCCUUCAUCAUCUCCUACGUGGUCGCUGUGCUCUCCGGGCACGUCAACCCCUUCCUCCCGUACAUCAGUGAUACAGGAACAACACCUCCAGAGAGUGGUAUUUUUGGGUUUAUGAUAAACUUCUCUGCAUUUCUUGGUGCAGCCACGAUGUAUACAAGAUAUAAAAUAGUAGAGAAGCAGAAUCAAACCAGCUACAUCAGCACUCCUGUUUUUAACUUGGUGUCUUUAGUUCUGGGAUUGGUGGGAUGUAUCGGAAUGGGCAUUGUAGCCAAUUUCCAGGAGUUAGCUGUCCCAGUGGUCCACGAUGGCGGCGCUCUUUUGGCUUUUGUCUGCGGUGUCGUGUACACACUUCUGCAAUCCAUCAUCUCUUACAAAUCGUGUCCCCAGUGGAACAGCCUUUCCACGUGCCACGUACGGAUGGCCAUCUCUGCCGUCUCCUGUGCUGCUGUCAUCCCCAUGAUUGCCUGUGCUUCGCUAAUCUCUAUAACCAAGCUGGAGUGGAAUCCAAAAGAAAAGGAGGAGAAACAAGAUGCUGGCUACAUAGGACAGCAGGCUCAGAGGAAGGAUUUUCCACCACAGAGGAUUCUGGCAUGUGAUGGGAGCCUGCAAGAGGCAAAGGAGAGAGUGAAGCUGGUGAGGACAAGAAGGAUCCAGACAGAAGUGCUUCAUGAAAAAGGAAACCUCACAGCCCAGCAGCCCUCAAUGUACUUUACUCUUGAACCACUAGAGGGAGACCUUCCACCACAAACCAAACAUUAGCUGCUGGGACGGAUUCAUCAAAGCAUAUCCUCAGACAGUUGAAAAAUCUUUUUCAUUUCAUUUUCUGUCUUAAAAAUGUGAAAAGUACCUGGUUUUCUAUUCACCACAUAAAUUACUGUGCCAUUCUUAUAUCGUCUUCUGUUCGCAGUAUCAACGAAUGCAAAGAAAACCCUUUACCUCCAUUCAUGGAAUAGAAUGAUCACUUAGGUACUGCUCCAAAAUGUGGAGUGCUUCAGAGCUUUCACAACACACUCCUGUGCACUGGUAGGGAGGGUGAGAAUUAGGAUGUCACUGUCUCAUUUUAUGUAGCAAGGAGAUUAGAGCUUUGCCUGCAUUCAUACAUGUACAGUGGAAGAGCCUGGACCCUUGUUUCAGGGCACUGUCAUUGAUAUCAUGCUACAAAUAUCCUCCCCCUACCCCCAAAUUCUGCUUGUUUGUAUAAGCCACCUUCAUUGUCAGGGAUGACAGAGGAUGGGGUGGAUCCCCUAGUGCUGGCACGGAAAGGAGGUGGCCUCCAUUCUCCACCCCUGUAACGUAGGCUGGGCAGAUUCUCCCCGGGGUGACCUGGACGAGAACAGUGGGUGGAUGACCGUCUGUGGGCAGAGGGAGCAGUGCUGUCUCAGAAUCUGAUGCACCUCGAUUAGAUCUUUGUGGGUGAAAACUGGAUCAAAGAAAAGAACUGACCUUCAAUCUUGCACAUUUGCUUGUUCACAACUGUAACCUGUAGCAAAGCAGACAGUGAAGUAAGCAAAAAAAUAUAUAGAUUAUAAUUUGAAAUCAGAGGGCACAAACUGAUGACAGUCCACAGGCUUAUUUGACAUGUGGGCUAAAGUUCCUAUGCAGACAUCCAUCUUUUACUUAGUGUUUAAAAAUGCUUUUGAAGUAGUUUCCAGCAUGUAAUUAAAAAUCAGGAGAUUUCUCUCUAGCUGUCAUGCUCGCUCGCUUGCUCUCACACACACACAGCACUGGUGUCAUAUUUUCCCAUUUGGCGAAAAUGGAACUGAGCUGCUGAUGUGUGGACUCCCCAUAGUUCCUCUCUUUUUGCAACCAUCAGUUUCAUUUCUUUAAUUAUUUUCCUGUCCUCAAGGCAGCUGACUUUAGAACCCCAAAUUAAAGCCAUUCUCUUUCCUGCCUUCCAGUCUCUCACUUCUGGCCCCAAGAAGAUAGUCGUCUUAUUAGCAUUUGCUUUGUAGCUGUGCUUACGUUAAAACGUCAAGCAGACCUAUUUUCUGAGCUGAUGAUACAUUCUUUUUUUUUUAGUGGAAAAGUAUUAUUUUAUUUUUUAACAUUUUUUUAUUGUGUCAAAUUCCAGUGUAGAGCACAAUUUUUCAGUUAUACAUGAACAUACAUAUAUUCAUUGCCACAUUUUUUUUCGCUUGUAUAUAUUUCCCUGUGCUAUACAGUAUAAUCUUGUUUAUCUAUUCUACAUUUUGAAAUCCCAGUCUGUCCCUUCCCACCCCCUGCCCCCUAGGUAACCACAAGUUUGUAUUCUAUGUCUAUGAGUCUGUUUCUGUUUUGUAUUUAUGUUUUGUUGUUGUUGUUUUUUUUUAGAUUCCACAUAUGAGCGAUCUCAUAUGGUAUUUUUCUUUCUUUUUCUGGCUUACUUCACUUGGAAUGACAUUCUCCAGGAACAUUCAUGUUGCUGCAAAUGGCAUUAUGCUGUCGGUUUUUAUGGCUGAAUAGUAUUCCAUUGUAUAAAUAUAACACAUCUUCUUUAUCCAGUCAUCUGUUGAUGGACAUUUAAGCUGUUUCCACGUCUUGGCUAUUGUAAAUAGUGCUGCUGUGAACAUUAGGGUGCAGGUGUCAUUUUGAAGUAGGGUUCCUUCUGGAUAUAUGCCCAGGAGCAGGAUUCCUGGGUCAUAUGAAAGUCUAUUCCUAGUCUUUUGAGGAAUCGCCAUACUGUUUUCCACAGUGGCUGCACCAAACCACAUUCCCACCAGCAGUGUAGGAGGGUUCGCUUUUCCAAACCACAGCCUCUCCAGCAUUUGUCAUUUGUGGACUUUUGAAUGAUGGCCAUUCUGACUGGUGUGAGGUGAUACCUCAUUGUAGUUUUGAUUUGCAUUUCUCUGAUAAUUAGUGAUAUUGAGCAUAUUUUCAUGUGCCUAUUGAUCAUUUGUAUUUCUUCCUUGGAGAACUGCUUGUUUAGGUCUUUUGCCCAUUUUUGGAUUGGGUUUUUUUUUUUUUCUAAUUAAGUCAUAUGAGCUGCUUAUGUAUUCUGGAGAUCAAGCCUUUGUCGAUUU